CCUGCUGGAAGUGAGGGUCCCCUGGUCCUGCCCUUGUCCCCAGAGCAUCCCCCGACACCCUGUGCCCUUAGGGGUGCCGGGUCCCUGCUGCAGCGCCCGGGCUCCCGAGCCACGCCACCGAGAGCAACCAUGUCGAACGCAAUGUACAAUAAGAUAUGGCACGCGACCCAAGACUCCCUGGACUCUCUGCUGGACAAGGAGUCUCAGAAGAUGGCCGAGCCCCACAAGAACCGGGUCUUCGUCUUCGACAUGCUGGCCACCUUCUACAUCAAGUACGUGCAGAUCUUCCGGAAGCUGGAGACCGUCUACGACCAGAUGGUCCACCCGCAGAAACGGCUCCUCAUCCGGAAAAUGCUGGACGGGGUGAUGGGCCGCGUCCUGGAGCUGAAGAAUGAGAUGGUCGAGCUGGAGCUGACCGAGUUCCACUACUUUGACAGCAUUCUCCCGGACCUGAAGUUGGUUCCUCAACAAUUAGAUAUUCCCAUCCCCAGGUACUUUUUGAAGGAGAAGCUGGAAGUGAUCAAAGGAAGAGAGAAGAUCCUGGCGCAAAUCCUCGCCGACAGCGGACUGGACAUGAUGAGCCUGAAAAGAAUCCUGAAGACAAUCCCUCCGGACGAGGCCAUAAAGACCAUCCAGGUGGCCGAGCGGGCCCGGCAAGGCCGCCUGCGAGCCCUGUUCAUGAAGCAGAUCUACCUGCAGGAGUACAGGAUCAAACAGAACAAGCUGCUAGGGGACCGGGCCCUGGACAUCUCAGCAUCGGCGCUGUGCAUUCAGAAGGUUUGGAGAGCCUACCACGAGAGCAAGAAAACGGAGCAAAUGAGAGAAGAGGAGAUGAUAUUCCUGGGGAUGAGCCCCCCGCCGCAGUUUCACCAGGUCAGCGCCACCCUGAUGCAGGCCCAGAAGGUGCAGUCCUGGCGCAACGAUGUGCAGCUGAAGCAUGAGGAGGACUACAGGGAGGCCCUGGUCACCAUCAAGGACAACCUGAAGCUGGUGGAGGGCCCCGACAUCAAGGACAGCCUGCAGGACCAGAUCCGUCACUGGUUCAUCGAGUGCAGGAACUUGACCGGCGCCUUCCCAGCCUAUCCUAAGGUGGAAGAAGGAGGCUCAGCUCUCAUUUUUUCCAACAAGACACCUCAACAGGUGAUCGCAGACAUCCUCGCGAGCCAGGAAGAGGAGGACAAAAACAAGAAGAAGAAGCGGGAGGAGAAGGAGAAGAAGGAGAAGGCGGUCCAGAGAGAACGGAAAGGAAGCAAGGAGAGACCGAAGGAGGAGAGUGAGGAGUGGAAGAUGUCCCCCAGCCUCUUCCUCGGCGGGAUGGAGGAAGGGAACCAGCUGUUCAAAGACAUGUGGAAGAACAAAGACGAAUCUUGGAAUUUCCCCCAGGACUAUGAUCCAGAACUGAUCAAAGAGGAGAAACGAAAAGAAUUAGAGUCUGAGAUCCGGUUGCAGGUCGAUGAGCUGAUGAGGCAGGAGCUAAUUAAUUUGAAGCUCGCUGUGGACCGAGAAAAGGAAUUACCACCCAGAGGACAAAAAGGAGGUAAUAAGAAGAAAGGGAAGAAAGGCAAAAAAGGGAAACGGGGGAAAAAAGAAAAAGACCUGACAGCUAACAGGAAUACACAGUCACUGUACCAGAUAACUGUGUUGCUGGAAGAAGGUGUCCAAACUGCUCCAAAGGCUUUGGCAGAAAACGGGGCUCCUGAAAUUGGUGAGUACAGCUACCUGGGGACCUCGCUGCGCCAGGUGGCCAUCGAGCCCAUGCCCUCCUUGCUGGACGUCAGGCAGCUCAUCACGCUGUACGGGAUCCUCCCCUUAGGUUCUGCCACGGUGCAUGAGAAAGCGCCCCUGGUGAAGUCCCUGCUGCUGGCCGGGCCCUCUGGGGUUGGGAAGAAAAUGCUGGUCCAUGCCAUCUGCACAGAGACCGGAGCCAACCUCUUCAACCUGUCCGCAGCCAACAUCGCGGGCAAGUACCCCGGCCGCAGCGGCCUGCAGAUGAUGCUGCACGUGGUCUUCAAGGUGGCCCGGCAGCUCCAGCCAUCCGUGGUAUGGAUCGGAGACACAGAGAAAACCUUCUACAAGCGGGUGCCCAACGACGAGAAGGAGAGCAGCCGAGCCCCUCUGAGCCUGCGCUGCUGGAACAGUGGCGUCUGGCUGGCGCUGGCGCUGGUGGCUGCAGUGCUGUGGGAACAGAUCAUCCAGCGCCACGGGGGCUUCCUGACAAAAACGCUGAACAUCAGCUGCCUGGCCAAGGUCACCGACGGCUUCACCCAAGGCCACAUUGUCCAGGUGGUCAAGCGCGUGCUGACCGAGCGCCGCCUGCGACAGCAGGCCCGCAGGCCGCUGAGUGCUGUGGAGUUCAUCACGGUCCUCACCGGCAUGGACCCCGUGUACAAGGAGGAGGAGGACAGCUUUAAGAGCUGGUAUGCCAAAACCCCUCUGGGCAGGAGGCGAGCCCUGGCCCUCACCGGGGGUGACACAGAAAAGGACAAAGGCAAAAAGAAGGAGAAGAAGAAGUGACGCCUCCUGGAAAGCCGGCCCCCGCCCUCCCGAGAAAAGACUCCCAAGGAGGAGAAGACACUUCCAGACGGGGGGAGUUGAGCUCGUGCCAGGAGCUCACUGCCCCCUUCCCUGUGCAGCAGGCUGGGCCCGGCCCGUUGCCCCCGGCUGCCGUGUCUAGAACUUGUAGUUGUUUGUUCGCAUAAAGUAAGUUUGCACAUAACCCGCACCCCCUCGUCCCACCCCCCACAGCCCACCCCACAUCGGACACCUCCUCUCGUGAGUAGGAAUUGCCAGGCUUACAAUGCCAGGGUCAGAGAACAUUUUCACUCAGUGCCCAUUGCCGCCACGGAGCCUGCUUGCUGUGAGCCGCCCCCACCCG